UCAUCAUGCGAAAUGACGCAGGAGAAUUCGUGAAUCUGUUGAUUCCUCGCAAAUUCUCUGCUAGUAACCGCAUCAUUGGUGCCAAGGAUCAUGCUUCUAUCCAGAUCAACAUUACAGAGGUUGAUGAGACUACAGGCCGUAUGACUGGAUCUUACAAGACCUAUGCUAUCUGUGGGGCAAUCAGACGAAUGGGUGAAUCUGAUGAUUCAUUGAUUAGACUCGCUAAACGACAUGGCAACAUAACUAGGAAUUUUUAA